AUGGCUCUAAAGCAGACAGUGGGAGUAAAUCCAUUGUCAAAAUUGUCGGACGUGCAGUGCGGCCGGCAGUGGUCGCCGGGUCGGCGCGGCGCGCGCAUCGUGGGCGGCGAGUCGGCCGCCCCCGGCGAGUUCCCCUGGCUGGUGUCCAUCACGCGCCAGGGCGGACACUUCUGCGGCGGCACGCUGCUCACGCGCCGCUGGGUCGUCACCGCCGCGCACUGCAUGUGCAGCGGCAGCGUGGAGCUGCCCAUCUCGCAGGUGCGCGUCUCCGUGGGCGCGCACGACCUGUCUGCGGCGCACCGCGGCGGCGGCGGCGGCGGCGGCGGCCCGGCGCUGGCGGUGGAGCGGCUGCUGGUGCACCCCGGCUACCGCUGCCGCAAGUUCGCGCACGACGUGGCGCUGCUGCGGCUCGCCGCGGAGGUGCGCUGGCGGCCCGACUCUGCGUGGCCCGCCUGCCUGCCGGCGCCCUCCGGGUCGCCAGGGUCCUCCAGCUUCUCGGGCCGCGAGGCCACGGCCGCCGGCUGGGGCUGGAUGCAGGAGAACCAGGGCGUGCGCGCAGACGUCCUGCAGAAGGUGAAUGUGCAAGUAGUGGACAACGAGCAGUGCCGUGAUUGGUACAAAUCUCAAGGCAAGAAGACCAAAAUACUAGACUCGCAGAUCUGUGCUGGCUUUGAAGUCGGAGGCAAAGACUCCUGCUGGGCGGACAGCGGCGGCCCGCUGAUGGUGGCGGACGGCGAGCUGACUACGGUGGUGGGCAUCGUGUCGACGGGCAUCGGGUGCGCGCGGCCGCGCCUGCCCGGCCUCUACACGCGCCUCUCCGACUACGUGCUCUGGAUACAGGAGCACGUGCGCGAGCCCUAGCCCCCGCCGCUCGCCACCAGCCGGGACCCACUGCCAGGAGACGGACCACCGAGGACUCGACUGCGCCGCGAAUCUGCUGCGGCGGCACGACCGUCGCGCAGCGAACUUCAUUUCUUCUGCGUCACCUUAAAGGACAAUCAGGCACAUCAGCUCGAUAGAGAACCCCUUCUAACGAAAUAGUCUCCAUUCUUCGGAAGUAGAUUACGUCAUUAUUCUGCACACUUAUUCCCUCUUACGCCCAGCCCACUGUAGCCCGAUUUAAAGUAGUUGGCAUUUGACAACUAGCGUGCUAGUCUGCUACCUCUAGCAAUACACUAGUGGCAGCAGUCCUGGCAUUAUGGGCACACGCUGUGUUGCCACUUCCUCUGCGUAAAGUAUAAUGCUUGUCAGUUCUCAAGUAGAAAACUUACCCGGAUACGAAAAUGAGCCUAUUCCACGAAAAAAAAAAACUCCGUCCCUAAUUAAAAUGAAAAAAAUAUUUUUGGCACCCUUAGAGUCACUAUAGGUAUUUAUACCACACAGGAAUUACAGAUCUUUUAGCGACUUAAAACUUCAUAUCUGUUACACGUUAAAAACUAAUAUAAUCGCAAGAAAACGCCGUUUCCCAAAGUUUGUACGUACCAAAGAAAUGCCGUAGGUAACUUUGGAAAAAACGGUCUUUUCGUAAUCAACAACAAGAAAAUAGUGUUUCAUUGAGUUAAUAGUUCACGAGAUGUGACGGAAUAAAUUUAAAGUUGAUUCCCAGACGGGAAACUGUUACCGGAUUUUAAAAAAUUAACGUCAUUGUGGAUAAAAACUUCUCGGUUUACAAACAGCAUAACUUCAAAUAAAACACCCCAGCUUUCGACGAUUGUGCCCGCCAUCAUCAUCAGGAGUAAAAGCCACUGAUCGCAGGAGCCGGCACACUUAUACAGGCAUCACAGAGCCAUCUGGAACCCUCCGGAUAGGGCCGAAGUCACGCUUGCGCGUAAAACGAGUUUGGCAGCUCAUAGCAGCUGCGGUCCGCCCAACACUAACUGAACAUUUUUAGGUGGUGCUGGUCCGUCGCGGGACCAGCAACGUCAGGUGGUGCAGCGCGGGGCCCAAGAGAAAUACCGGGUCUUCAUCGAAUUCGUGACGUCAUACUACUCGGAUCGUCCGCCACACUUCGUGAUCGCUUGGCCCACAGCAAAUCAAUAUGUAAUUGAAAAGGUACCCCCUACAGGUCAUAACUUUGUCGUGUGUUAUAGAGAGCUUGCAUGCAUUUAAACGCGCGGUCAAGCGUUAUUAAACUUCUCUGAAACAGUUACUCGCUCCCCGCCGGAGACUACGGAGACCACUGGCACUCGUGCUGUGACGUACGCGAUAUGGCCUGUCUUUUUCGUGGGCCUCUGUGCGACAAGCCGGCGCCAGGUCUGCAGCUGUUACUCUCGCCUACCUACAAGCGUCAAGCGUCCAUCUUUGCUUUCGUUCAAUAUCCAGUUGUCCGCCUCCAACAUAUUUCUAGCUUUAAGAAUAAAAUUUAGACUUGCUUAGAGACUACAGUGGCCUAUACCAUAUGCGAAUUUCCUUACGCGAGUUUAAUAGAGUAAAGCGAUUUUCUAUCACCGUUUGAAGUGGAGUGUCGUGGUGCCUACCUAGUGACAAUAUUUGUCGGGACAACGUCGCAACUUUGGUACUUUAAAAGUCAAAUGCCAACCAAUUUAAAUCAAACUGUAAUUAGCUCUAUCUCGACGAGAUGCCAGACUCUCUCUCACUUACUCUCUCAUUCAACUCCCCCCC